UGCUUCGCUGUCCUUCUGGCCUGGGUUCUGUGCCCAAGUCUCUGGAGUGGGACUUGAACCCAGGGCUGUCUGAGAGGAGAGAGCUCCCAUUGAAUGCAUGCUAGGUCGGGCUUGUAUGCGUGGCAUGAUGGUCUUUGAACGAGUUACUAUCAGUUCACCUUGUGGGUUUGUGGACUCGAGCAGAUUCCUCAGUGCAGCUGUGCUCUGCUUCCUGUUCACAUAACAACGGGACUCCACAAAUAGAGGCGGAUGUGGUCACAUCAAGCUUCUUGUGUUAGCUCGCUGCGAGUCCCGGUCUUCUCUGGACGUAACAGACCUUGACAAAGAGCUGAAGACUCUCUCGUUCUAGUGGCACACGGCCGGCAAGCAGUGUCGCACUUUGCCAGUGUGAAACAAGCAAGUGCCUCACAGUGUGGGAGAGACUAGUUGUGCUUCAACACUCCGUCUGAUUCAGUGAGAACUACACGUGCAGAGGGUGCAGAAUACAGAAGAUGCAGGAAACUAAGCUGCAAAGUGUCUAGACUGGAGAACCACCUUUGUGUCCCAGGGGCGCCUCGCACAGCCGACCUUGAGGGCAUAGAAGGGCAGCAAGGAUGGGGAAACAGAACAGCAAACUGCGUCCUGAGGUACUGCAGGAUUUACGGGAGAACACGGAAUUCACGGAGAACGAGAUUCAGGAAUGGUACAAGGGCUUUGUGAAGGAUUGCCCCAGUGGUUACCUGACGAUAGACGAGUUCAAGAAACUCUAUGGCAACUUCUUCCCUUACGGUGACGCCUCCAGGUUUGCAGAGCAUGUAUUCCGUACUUUCGAUGCAAACGGAGAUGGCACGAUAGACUUCCGCGAGUUCAUCAUCGCUCUGAGUGUCACCUCCCGAGGAGGCUUGGAGCAAAAGCUGAAGUGGGCUUUUAAUAUGUAUGACGUCGAUGGGAAUGGCUACAUCAGCAAGUCAGAGAUGUUGGAGAUUGUCCAGGCGAUCUACAAGAUGGUGUCAUCAGUGAUGAAAUUGUCUGAAGAUGAAGCUACGCCCGAGAAAAGAACAGAAAAAAUCUUCCGACAGAUGGACACCAAUGCAGAUGGAAGACUAUCUCUGGAAGAGUUCAUCAACGGAGCAAAGAAGGAUCCAUCCAUCGUCCGCCUCUUGCAAUGUGACCCCAGCACUGCAGGGCAGUUCUGAAGCGUUGCCCAUGGGACAAGUGCUGUCGCUCUGUGCCAUUCCUGCCCGCACCAACCCCGAGUGGUCAGUCAAUGGAAAUGCUCAGGCAAACGGAACCCCCAGUCUGUAUCAAAACAGAGCAUCCGCCAACCUUCCAAUGAAGAUAUUGCAUGCAGCAACAGAUUUGCAUCUUAUAGUAUAAUAAAUACAUAAAUGUGCCAAGAUAAGGGGAAUUCUGCUGACCAGCUAAAAGAAAAUGCUGCUGCAUCUUUUCUUAUGUCCACUUCUGUUGUGGAUAUAGCUUUUUAUAGUCCAAUAUUUUUUUUAAUUUUAAUUUAAUAGUACAGAGAUUUAGUUUAUACCUGACAUAAGGAAACGUGAGGACCAAAGUCUGAUGGGUUCAUGUUUACACUAUAGUAUUAAGAACUUGAGUUGGUUGCCUGGCACAUACAUGACUCUCUUGAGUUCUUGCCUCUUUUGUAUACAAUUAUCCAUUUCUACAUCCCUAGUCUGAGGUUUGGCAAGCCCACCAGUGGAUCUCAGCCAAUUGAUGAAAAAAUGGCAUCACAGUUUUCAAGGCAUUACAGAGAUCGCGCAAAUUGAUUUCUUCAAGACAAGGGGGCAGAAAUAAGGCCAGAUAUUUCAAUAGUGAAGAGAUUCUUCCAUGCAAAGAGAAUGGAAGAAAUUUGGAACACUCUUCCACAAACAGCAAUUGAUGCCAAGUUAAUUGUUAAUUUUAAAUUAGAGAUAAAUAAAAUAGAGGUGUUAAAGAACAUCGGAAACGGAAGGUUGAUAUAAACCUCACAUAUUAGCCAUCCGGUUGCAGAACAAUCUUGAUCCAUUGAAUGGCUUCCACUGAUCCUGUCUUCCUUUCUCCGUCUUCCUUUCUCCUGUCCAACCCAUGCUAUCAAUGUCAGAACACAGCCGCGGAAACUAGAGCAGGGGUUCCCAACCUUUUUUGUCCCGUAUACCCCUGGCAAAUUUAAUAGCACAUAACAAUGUUAUUUCACAAUUUAUGAACAACUAAUGAUGAACAGUUACCGGUAUACCAGAACCAAACACAGUCAGUCAAUGAGAAAAACUAUGUACAAAUCCAGAAUCAACAAAUUUACCCCCUGGUUAGGCGUAAUUUACCCCCUUGGAGUAAAUUUACCCCAGGUUGGGAACCCUUUGUCUAGAAACAUGAUGUAUCCCUAUCACAUCCCUUGCUAUUGCCCAUUUGUCCAGGAAAUCUGUUCCCUAAAAUCAUCAAUCCUCUUAGAAAUGUCAACAUUUACCAAUAAGCCAUAUACAGCCAUAGGCCAAAAUAUCAGGCAACACUAUGAGAGCAAUGCUGACUGCUUCUUGUAGCUUACUCUUUCCAUAAUGCUCGCUUUAAUUAGCCUUGUCCUUAAUAUCCAAAUUUGAAGUGUAGUCCAUUAUGCUUUUCCAUAUGUGAAAUAUUCCGCUUUGUGUUAGGAUUUUAUCUGCAGUCUGUAUUAAGGAUAGGGACAUUACAGAUGUGGGCUUGUAUAUGUUUAAGAAUUAACUGUGGUAUUAAUAUGAUCAAAGAUACUCCUUCAAACAUCUUUACCGCAUCGAGAUGUCCCAGAACAUGGGGGGCUAGAAUUCUCUGGCAAAUUUAAGGUGCAUUCUCAACCUCUCUCUGUCAUUGGUAGUUACCCAAUAUUUGUUGUGUCUGAAUAAAAACUUUAAUCGUUGCAGUAAUGACAACAAAACUUCUCAUCAAAUCCUCCAGUGUUCUCUCACACCAAUGCAGGAGGUUAUAAAGGGAAUCAAAUUGCAAAAUGCAGCCUCUUCCUGUCAGUUCAAUUCACAACGUGUAAGUGCCAUACACCAUCAGCCCUUUGAUCUGUGGGAAUCACCAAUCCCAGUUCCUGUUGGUCAUAUUGUCGGGCAUAGUCGACACUGACUCACCUUUAUCCUGAGCACAGUCCCUGAGACUGGCAUUAUCCUUGCAUCAUUGUCAAACAGAAAUAAAAUCUGGUUGCAGUAACAUGUAGGUUUUUCCAACUCUGGUUGGAUGAGUUCUUGGACGUAUCUUCGCUUGACUUCAUACCUGCCACUGCCUCAAGCCCACUCCCUGGGAAUCAAUCAACUGCUGGAAAUUGGAAACAAAAACAGAAAAUGCUGGAAUUGACAGGUCAGGCAACAUCUGCGGAAUGAGAAACAGUUAACAUUUCAAGUCAGGGACUCUUUGUUAAAACUAUCCUAGUUUUUGGAUGCCUGUCACGCUACGGCCAAUCUGAAAUGAAGUCCCCUCCCCUCUCCCCUUUGACCCCUUCCUCCACCCUAGUUGUUUUCCAGUUCACCACAUUGUUUCCCUCUUGAGAUUAUACCAACGAUGGGCCUACCAGGGCAAGGCCCUGCCUGAGGUCAUUUGUGGCUGGCCUUGAUUGGUCCUGGUCUGUCUUCACUUCCAGCUCUUCAGCCCACCCCCCCUACUUUCAUUCUGGAGAAGGAUCUGGACCCGAAACAUCACCCAUCCUUUUACUCCAGAGAUGCUGUCUGACCUGCUGAGCUAUUCUUGCACUUUGUGUCUGUCUUUGGUAUAAACCAGCAUAUGUAGUUCCUUGUUUCUACUGAAAUGAAGCAAACUCGUUGCACAGUUGGAUAAUUCCUGGCUCUCAGUCAAGAAGUCGUGUUUUAGCAAAGUCAAAUAAUUUUUUUAAGAAUUUUUAAUGCCCCACUGAUUACUCUCUGAUGAUUUCCGCUUCGGCAGGGACCUGAAGAUUAAAUGUAAACUCUGAAGAUUCCACUACAAUCCUGGAGAUUUGGCAAACUGAUCAUACUCUGUCUGCAAGUAGUUGUUUUUCAAAGUUUAUCAGUGGCCUUAAUUAAGAAAUGAAGUAUUUUGCUGAUUCUACCUUAGAAUAAAUUACAGACUAAUUUGUCAUCUAUUUCUGUGCAAAACAGAUGCUAGGAUCUUCAAACAAAACAAAAAGAUACCAGAUGAAUGAAUGAAUUAGUUUAUUCACGUAAGCAGAUGCACGUAAUCAAACAACAUUGGGUCACAGAGACUCUUAGCAUGUUGGGCAGUAUCUGUAAGGGAUUCUGCUCCAGACUUGAUGUGAUUUAAGGACCAGAUCCAAAAUCUGCUCCUUAAAGCACAUCAAGUCCCAAGAAGAAUCCCAACCCAAAACAUCGUCAUUCCAUUUCCCUCCACACAUGUAGUCUGACCCACUGAGUUCCUCCAGCACUUUGUGUUUUGCUCAAGUCCAGUAUCUGCAGUUCCUUGUGUCUCCAGUAACUUUAAAAUCUAAAGUUGAUAGAUUUUUGUUAAUGAAAGGGAAGUGGACCAAAGACAGAAGCUUGGAAUUAAGACAGAGUGCUGAAAUGAUCUCAGUGGAAGAAACUGGAAGGACCCUUCCUGUUGACCCCGUCAGUGAAGCAAAAAAAAGGUUGUGCCAAAUGUAAGACGAUGUUUUAAGUUGUUGCACGCCAUCUAGCCAUACAUUGUGGCUGCACAGUGGUGCAGCUGGUAGAGUCACUGCCUCACUGCCUCACAGCGCCAGAGACCCGGGUUCGAUCCUGACCUCAGAUGCUGUUUGUGUGGAGUUUGCACGUUCUCCCUGUGACCUCGUGAGAUUCCUCCGGUUUCCUCCCACAUUCAAAAGUCGUGCAGGUUUGUAAGUUAAUCGGCAGGUCUCUGCAUAUUGCCCCUGGUGUGCAAUAAGUGGAUGAGAAAGUGGGAUAACAUAGAACUAGUGUGAACAAGUGAUCGAUGGUUGGUGUGGACUUGGUGGGCCGAAGGGCCACUUUCCAUGCUGUAUCUUUGAACUAAACUAAACAAACCAUACCCAGUACUGACAGUAUAGAAUAUAGAUGGUCCUGACCAUCUUCCCCUAAUAGAAGAUACCAACCAGAACUGAUCCAGUGAUUCUGAGCUUAUUUUGUUCAACUAACUUUCCUGAGAAUAUGAUGCUACCGCAAUAACCCCACUGAAGAAUUUGUUUCAUCUUUCCGAUUUAUUUUGGAUUAAACCUCAGGUAUACGAAGAGAAAAGUACUGAUCACUUGCUUAAGGUUUAGCAGUACUUAUUAACUUGUAAAUUGCAUUUUGUUUCUGUACAUGUGAGAGCUGUGUGUUGAUUUCUUCACUCUCAGGCUGGUUCCAAGCUGACAGGUUAGUGUUUCCCUGAAGGUCCAAAAGGGAACAUUCAUGUUUACAUUUGCCUUCAUCUGAGUAAAAAUUAAAGCAGUUCAAAUCACCUA